GUGCGUCUCGCGGGUUCUCCCUUCUUUGUUGCAAGAAAAAUGCAUUUCCACCCCCAGGAAGGCGGAUGCCGAAAGGUGUUCUUUGGGCUUGUACCUAGUUUUGCUGCCGUGAGCCCGUGAAGUAUAAACAAGGUCACAAUCAUUUUUUAAAGUAAUGCCAGAUCGUCGGUUUCCAAAGGCUACCCCCGCCUGGAAAGAAAUAAAAAUUAAAAAAUCUCGGAUUUUGAACGAGGUGCGAUGGAGGAUUCCACUCCUGAAUCCUUUCUUCAUCCUCUUCUGGAUUGAAUCCACUUCAGCUCAAGUGCUUCAAAGGAGCCCCAGUGCUACAGCCCUCAUUAGUUUUUCCCACCUCAGGUAGCAAUGACUCUGAGACUUGCUUUGGGGCAGAGUGAAUGUAUCUUGUCAAGACAAAGUGAUUGUCCCUAACCAAACUUCAAAUGGAGCAGGAUGCCUCCUUCUUUACUCUUUUACAAACAAAAGACCCUCAGCCUUUUCCACAGCAAUCCCCACAGUUUACCUGAGAAGGAAGGAACUGUUUCCCUGUACUCUGCUGCUGUUGAUAUAGCUGCUUGUAUUGCAGAUGUAGCAGAACCUCCUCCUGAAAAACAGCAUCGGCCGCCCUCUGUAAACAAAAGCUACCAGCAGCUCCAGCGCAAAAAGGCUGUCCGGCAAUUAUGUGAAAAAAUGGGACAACUAGGUGAAGCAGCCUUGGCACCCCCAGAGCAGCGACUUUCUGUGUCCAAAAAGUCAUCUUCUCCUCAGAUAACUGUUCCACCAUCCCAGUCUCCAACAGGAGAACAACAGGAUGCCAGAAAUCAACAGUUUGAACCUGUGCUUGAGAAACCUUGUAAUGGGGAACCCUCUGCAGAGCCAAGCCAUAAACUGGUGAAAAAGAAAAUAGAAUUACAGGAGAAGUCUCGUUGGGAGGUCUUUCAACAGGAGCAAAGGCUUAUGGAGGAAAAGAACAAACGCAAGAAAGUGCUGCUGGCUAACGCAAUUGCUGAAAGAUCUAAAAGAACGCAGGCUGAAACAGUGAAGUUGAACCGGAUCCAAAAGCAGCUCCAAGCCCUGGAUGAGAUGGUGUCUGCUGAUAUUGGGAUCCUGAGAAACAGAAUUGACCAGGCAAGCUUGGACUAUUCAUACGCUCGAAAGCGUUAUGAUAAGGCAGAAGCUGAGUAUGUGGAUGCAAAGCUGGAUCUCCAAAAGAAAACUGAAAUCAAAGAGCAGCUCACAGAACACUUGUGCACAAUCAUACAGCAAAAUGAGCUCCGCAAGGCCAAGAAACUGGAGGGGUUAAUGCAGCAGCUGGAAGUGGAGGCCGAUGAAGAGACUCUGGAACUCGAGAUAGAGGUGGAGCAGAUGCUGCAGCAGCAGGACGCAGAAGCUGCAAGGCCAGCAGGCAUGUCACAGAAGCUUUCUCCAGUUGGCAUGGAGAAUUCAUCUCCCCGGGCUAUUGACAAAGAAUGUGAGAACAAAGACCACAUAGCUGUGGUGUCAAAACAGUUAAUGGAGCAGCCCCCAAGUUCCCAUACCAGUAGCCAGGGUCAAUCAAUAGACUCUGCUUCCAGAGAAAUGAUGGUUCAAAAUGGUACAUGAACAUUGAAUCCCAAUAACUUGCCUUUUGGUUGGAGCUAUUGUCUAUUUACCUGGAAAUAGCUUCUGAUUCAGGAUGGCAUUACCACAAUCUUGUUCUGGUUUUCUUGUAUGAGUUGUCUGUCUCCUCCUUGCCCACUUUCUCUCAUUUACUCUCAUUAUGCAAUUUAUGUGUGUCCCAUUAUGAGACGUACAACAGAAAGAAAAGGACCAUGUUGUUUGUACAAUCUUUUACAUUUCAGAAAACAAAGCUAAGAGGAGCAACUUAUGUGACAGGAGGUCAAAUUAGAUAAUAUUUUAUUGGCUGCUUGUUUCCCAUUUCUGCCCCAAAUAUUGACAAGAUUUUCCCCCCUAUGUCUACAAAUGUGUUAGGCGGAUGUAUGCACAUAUGUUUAAACUUAAUCUCUCUUCUUUAUUUUAUAAACCAUUGAUACCAAUGACUUGUUCAGAUGUCUUCCACCAAUAGACUAGUAAACAUCAUAGUCAUUUAAUGACUGGGCUCGCUUAAGCCACAGUAUUAAUUUAGUUCAUAAUAAUCUGUAUUUAAUGGGAAGUGCUAGCAGCAAAGAGUAGAUAACUAAGGAAGCCCUCAUCAUCUAUUUUUAUUAUUAUUUUAAUGACCAAACAAUAUGGUCAUUAAUGACUAACCUAAGUGUUGAAUAAAACUUGGUACAGGCCCCUCAAAUGCAUGGUACAGAAAGGAAGUGUACUGCUCUGCCUGUUUUCAAAAUAACGCGUGAAUAACUACCAUAUAUACAGUUAUGUAAUAUGCAGAUCUGUACUUAUGUAUGAGUAUUGAGCAUAACAUAAGAAUAAGACUGAGUAUUGAGCAUAACAUAAGAAUGAGACUCUGGUGUAUGUGAAAUCACCAAUAUACCCACCAUAAUCUUCAAAUAUCUGGAAUUAUUAGCAGGUUUUUUUUAAUGUGAAGGAUAUGCUACCUCAAAGUGUGUACGUGUAAAUUAAGUCAGCAGAGGGGCAAGACUGAACCAGUGUUUGACUGGCUAAUAGAUAUGUGUGUCAGGAAAGAUGCAAAUAUAGUUUCCAACUAUGGGUGAAAGACCAGUAAGCAUUCUUAAAAUGUCAAAUCCAUCUUCACCCUGAAUCUCUAUACCAGGAAGAGCUUUUGCAGCUAAAUAUCAGUGAGUCAGGGUGGUGCUAAAGGUACAAGAGCUGGGCCAUGAAAUGAAGGUAGCAUAACUUGGAAGCAUAAACAAACUGCCAUGUGCACGCUGCUCAAGUGUAGCCCUUAUUUCAGCAAAGCAGGAAAUAACAGCCAUAAAUGUUUCAAGAGCAGUUGGUUUGCACUCUGAGUGGUUAUUUAAACAAAAACAAAAAAGCCAUGUCUUCAAAAUCGUUCCAGAUGGGGAGAUCAAACAAAUGCAGUUCUGGACACGUGAUGACAUCUUAGUGGGAAGGCAUGUGCAUGAAGUUGGCUAUUCUUAUCAAACAGCAAUGUCAAUGUCAUCCACAGUUAUGCAGUACAUACUUUAAGCAUAAUUUUCACUGAGGAGAUAAACUUGGGUCUGGGCUGUACCAUUUCAAACCACAAGUGGGGAUUUAUGUGCCUGAAUGUUCUUCCAUACAAAAUAAUUCCCUACACAGAGAAAACUAGUAUGUCUAUCCUUGCCUUCUCCCUGACCUGCCAAUUUUCUGUGUGUGGUGGUCUUGAGGGGGUGUUUUUUUUUAAAGAAGAGCAGUCAGUCAUGUAAACCCCCUCCUAUAGUCUGAAGUGGUAUAACUCAAAGGUUUACUGCCCCAGUGAGAAUUAGAUCUUGUUCACUAUAAAAAGCUAUCUGUACUCUUAAAUGCCUUACAUAAUAUAACAGAUUACAAUAGAUGCUUCCAUCGGGAUGGGAAAGGUGAUUGAUUUUGAACAUUGUUUCUUUGAAAAGCUGCUUAAUCCUUUUUAACCCAUUUCCCAAUAAGGUUUUCUAUCAGCAGUUGGCUUAUGAUGUAUCAACCCUGAAGAUAUAAUAAACACAAUGGUCAAAAGUUCUGGACCAUGGUGCGGUCACAAAAGGUGGCUGCCCUUUGUGGCUGCAGAACUCUUGAGGUUCCAUUUCCAAAGGGAAGUUCUAUAGAUCCUGUGUUACUGCUGGUGGUUUUGUUUGCACUACACAAGUUGUCUUAGGAGAGAUAAUCUUUAAAUGCUUUUACUGUCUGUCCACACUCCCAGCCACAAGGAGUUUAACAUGGUUCCCACUGUCCUUAUUUGGAGACUUGCCAAAUUGUUUAUGAGAAGGCUUUUGAGGUAAUGGUAUGUAAAUUCCCAAAUCAUCCUCUCCUUAAAUGCUGGUUCUUUUGUGGGGUGGUGAUUAUUGAGAUACAAUCCAAGGGAGGGAGGGUUCUCAUGCAUUCUUGGCUUGUUACUGAUCCUUUCUUACCCAGCAUAUUUUUCCCUUCCCUCCUUAUAAAAGUUUCUCCUUCAGUUAAAA